AUGGCUGAGGAAAAUCACACUGUGCUGUCUGAAUUCUUCCUUUUGGGAUUCUCUGACAUCAGGGCGCUGCAGGGCCCCCUGUUUUGGGUGGUGCUUCUGGUCUACCUGGUCACUUUGCUGGGUAACUCCUUGAUCAUCAUCCUCACACAAACCAGUCCCACCUUGCAUUCUCCCAUGUACUACUUCCUGCGCCACCUCUCCAUGGUGGAGAUCCUCUACACCACCACCAUCACACCCAGGACCCUGGCAGAUCUGACCUUCCCAUACCCCAGGGCCAUCUCCUUCCAGGGCUGUGUAGCCCAGAUGUACGUCUUCAUUGUUCUGGGCAUCUCAGAGUGCUGUUUGCUCACAGCCAUGGCCUAUGACCGGUAUGCAGCCAUCUGCCGGCCUCUGCAUUACUCCAACCUCAUGAGUCAACAAGCCUGCAUGGCCAUGGUGGCUGCCUCCUGGCUUAUGGGCAUCAUCACAGCCACCACCCAUUCAUCCCUCAUCUUUACUCUGCCUUUCCCCAGCCACCCAGUCAUUCCACACUUCCUCUGUGACAUCCUGCCAGUCCUGAGGUUGGCAAAUGCUCGAAAGCAUAGGAGUGAAAUCUCCGUGAUGACAGCCACUGUGGUCUUUAUAAUGGUCCCCUUUUCACUAAUUGUUGCCUCCUAUGCCUGUAUUCUGGGUUCCAUCCUGAAAAUAGCUUCAACCCAGAGCCGCCAAAAGGUCUUCUCUACCUGCUCCUCCCACCUGCUUGUGGUCUCCCUUUUCUUUGGAACAGCCACUAUCACCUACAUCCAACCCCAGGCAGGUAAUUCUGUCAUCAGAGAUCGAAUCCUCAGUCUCUUCUACACAGUCGUCACACCCAUGCUGAACCCUAUCAUCUACACGCUUCGAAACAAGGAGGUGACAGGAGCCCUGCAACACAUGAUGAAAAGACAGGUCCUUUCACUCUGA